AUGGCCCAUUCAUCAAGGGCGAUGCUCACCUCUAAUUCAUCACGUUGCUUAGUCGAACCAAAGUUAACUGGACUACCGGAUCGCCUGGUCACAUCUUCGUGGAACCCACAUGAGUCGCAUGGCUCGGAUGUGACCUCUCCAUCGAGUAGGAUGCACUACAUCAGUCCAGCAGGCCGUGCCGUCAAUUCGAUGUUAUCGCUAGCUCUAUGCUAUGCAAUCAAGCUGGCGCCCUCGCAGGCCCAGCCGGUCCCUGUGAAUAUUGUUCUGCACCGUACUCCCGAGUCGUCAAUUUCCUUAGCUGAUGACCUGCUGAGUGUGAGGCUCCUUAUCAACCCAUCACUCUUGCCUGUUCCGUUAGGCCUUCCGGCAGCUUAUUUACGUCGUCCUCACGAGCUGGGACACUGGUAUGAUCCGCACCAUCCAGCCAGCGCUGAAUCGUCAAUUGUGACAAAUUACAUCGGUUCGACAGGUCAAGCAAUCGCAUAUUCAGCACGCAUUAAUGUUCAGGCUCUCAACAAAGUUCUCAGCCACGAAGUCAACGUGUGUAACCCCCAGCGGGGCGGAACUCGGAUUAUGACACAAAGGUGGUCAGAUUAUGUUGCUGACGCCAAGGACAGCCAUUCCCCAAUUACCUCGCCCAUUGAUGGUUGGAUCCACGAACUGCUGUCUUUGCCGGCCCGGUUGGAUCCUCUGGCGAACCCUCCACAUCAUCCACCGAUUGAACCGAUGUCGUCGCCAGAUCAGCCAGACCAAUUGGAUCUCCCAGCCUUUCCCGUACGUCGACCUCUCAAGUUGGCGUGCCCGAACAGACCACCAGGUGAUCCGACUCUCAACAAAGGUCCCGGCCACGAGAUCAGCAUAUCUAACCUCCGGCUGGGUGGAAUUCAGAUUGGGCAUAGGAACGGGAUUCUUCAGUGGUCCACAUCGAGUAAUCCUGAGAGAACAACUAACGGAAUAACUGCUUGCUCUAAUGCUAAAGCUCAGUCUCAAGCUAAUGCGCGAGAACUAUGA